GGGCAAUUGUAUGAAACCAAACUAAUAUGCCUUACAUUGUUGCGAGCGCUUAAAGAAAAAAAUUCAGAAUUUUACUUAGGCUCCAACUUGGGUUCCAUCGGAGCAUUGGAUGAUAUAAUAAUCAGAUUUGACUAUCCUAACAUAGCUAAGAAGUUAAAACCUACACUGCUCUUAAUCCAAACAAAACAUAAAGAUAAUGUAAAGAUAAAUAAACAGAAAGAUAAAAUUAAUGAAACAAAUGUAAAAAAAGAGAACCACAUCUUCAGCGUACUGUUAUAUUUAAAAAGUUACUUUAUAAUAGUUAACAAAUUUGAUCCUGAAAGCGAGAAUCCUGUUUUCAGAGCACGUUUUGAAGAUUUAGAUUGUCAUUUUAUCAUCUAUACUUGCUAUCAUGAAAAUUUCAAAAGUAACAAUGUAAAAGAAGUUUUUGAAAAUCCUCUUUUAAAAACAACUGAUAGUGGAAAAGCUAUCAAGGUUAAUUAUGACAAUUUUAUAAAUCUUAUAGACAUCUUAGUGGAAACCUAUAGAAGAUAUCGUGCACAGUCACUAGCUGAGACCUUUAUGAAUUUUAUUUUAGAAGAUAAUUAUGUGAAUAUGAUGGCCAAUAAUCUGAUUGCAGCUUACCAUGUUUAUCUAAAAGAAAAUGUCAUAGAGAUAUCUGACACUGAUGAAUCAUACACAACAUUUAAAUUUCACAAUAAAGAUGGAGAAAUCGAACACAUUUGUAAGCAACUACUUAACUUGUUAGAUUUAGCUGAUCAUUCUACAUAUGUUGUAUAUUUAGAUGACAGUAAAAUUGGUUCUUGUAAAGAUAUAAAACAUAGUGAUAUGAAACCAUCUAGAAUUGGUGGUCUUGUUGGAAAUCUUUUAAUAUUGGACACAGCCACAAAUAUGCUUAAAAUCAACAAUGAAAACCUACCCAUCACAGCAAGAAAAAUUUUGAAGGAACUCAAAAAGGCAAAAGGUAGAAAUUUUGAUUUUUCAAAAUACCGAUUUGACAUUGAUGUACGUAAUUUCCCAAAAUUUUCAAUGAUGCAUCGUGCACAUGAUGUAAAAUUUGUUAAAACUUAUUUAGAUAAGUUAACAUUCUAUUGUCAUCAAGCUCAAGAUACAGAUCUAAAUAGAUUAGUGAAAUAUGAAUUAAAGGAUUUAUAUACAGGUAACAAUGAGUAUUUUCGAAUUAAAAUAGAUAUAUUGUUUCAAAAUUUUCACCACAGAAUCCAGAAGUGGUGGAGAAGAUUAAAUCGUAUGCCUUAUUAUACUAAAUCCAAAACUAAUAAGCUUUUGGAAAAAUGUAAAACAUCUAUUCUUGAAAACCCUCUAAUGUCAUUGGCUAACUACUUAUAUAUAAAUUCCCUUGAAAAGUACUCUAUUAAGUUCAAUAGCAAUGCAAUCAAUUCUUUAAAAUACAUAGACUUCACAAAAAAUUACUUUAUAUCGACCAAUUCCACAUCAUUUACCAGUAUCAAAUUACUUCAAUACCUAAAAGAAAAUCAUAGUGGAUCCUACAUUUUCCUAGACCUGAUUUACCUAAUGACAGAAAAUUAUUAUGAAUGCAUAGUAGAAAAUGUCACAGAAUCAAACUUAGACUUGUUGAUAUGUGUCAUCAAAAAAACAGGAAAUGAACAAAUUUUGCAAGGAAUUGAACAACUUUUGACAAAAUUCAAAGGUAAAGUAAUUGUAAUAUCAAAUCUCGAUUCACAUUUCUCAAGACCCUGUGCUGAUUUUAUUGAAACUGAAGACAACAGAAAUCAAAUGAGUGAUAUUGAGUCAUGUGAAGAAAUUUCGCAGGAUACAAACAUAUGCUUUCAAGGACAACAAAUACCAUUAGAAAAACUUUUAGGGAAGAACAUAGAUUAUAUAAGCGUUGGCAUUCUUAAAAAAAUAUUAAAUAAAGAAAUUAUUGAUGUUGGUGAAAAGAUCUCCUAUAAAAAUUACCUUCCGGUUCUUAAUUGCUACCAAACUGCUCAAAUAAAUCGUUGUAUUAAAUUAGAUACCAAAAAAACUUUGAAUAAUUUUAAUAUAAUUGAUAUGACAAAAGAUGUCAAUUUAAAAGAAAUUGAUAGUGAAAAAGAUAACUUGGUGUUCGUCUCCUCCAAAGAAGGCUCGAACGAUACUACUUAUAAACAAGACACAAACUGUAAUAUUCACGUCUUUAUUAAAAAUGAGAAGGAUCAUAUUUGGGAAAAGAGUUAUGGAAAACUGAAUAAAUUAUUCAAUAUUAUUGAGAGACUAAAACCACAGAAUGACUCCUCAGAAAUAAAUAAUUUAAAGGAUUCAAAUGAAAGAGUAAAGAUAAUUGCUGCUGAACCAGGAAUGGGAAAAUCUACACUACUCGAACAUCUCAGCAUGGCCACAAAGGCUAAAUAUGAGAAUGAAUUGAUACUAAAUAUUGUAUUGUACGAUUACAAAACAAAAUUUGAUGCAUGGGAUAAUUCAGAAUUAAGCUUAGAAGAAGUUUUGAUUUUUUUGUUUAACAUAUUUUCGACGCACUGGUCUCUUGAUCAAUCAGACAUUCAUACCAAUAGCAAAGGAUCGAAUUUAGAUACUAAUUUAAAACUAGACCUGAAUGGCGGCAAAGUGUUAUUGAAAUUCCAAAAUGAAAAUAAAAAAAAUGAGCUUGCUCUUUUAGAGUUGCUGAUUUUCAAUCAAUUCUACAAUGACGGAAAACUUUCAGUUCUACUAGAUGGAUGUGAUGAAAUUUGUCCAACCUAUUUAACUACACUCAUAAGCCUAAUAAAAAUUCUUAAUACAACAAAAAUAUCUCAUUUAUGGAUCACUACUAGAAAUUACAACAAUGUGUUAAAUAAAUUAGAAGAUACGCUAUGUUUAUUUUCUCAUAUGCUGUAUGAAUGGUCAGAUACUGUACAAUUGAAAUUUUUGAAACAAUAUUUUUCGAAAUCUUUUGAUAUAGAUCCAACUGAUUUAAAAAAAUUCAAACAUUUAGAAGGUUAUGUUGAACAGUUUCAAAAUGAAAUUUCUCAUAAAAUAAUGGACAACAUACGCAAUAAUAAAUUCACAAGUAUACCAUUACAUAUCAGCAUGAUCGCUAAAAUUUACGAGGAUUCAUUGAAGAAGGAUUUCAGAAAAGUAAUCGAAACAUGCCCAACUGUAAAUAACAUAAAGGACAUUGUUGAUAUGUUAGAUUUGACAAAACUAUACAAUAAAUUCAUAGAUGUUAAAUUUAAUGAAAUCAUGUAUGGUCAAAAGAGGCCUUGGAUCGAUCCCCAUGAUUCAGUCUUAAAAAAUUUGAAGAAUAUAGAUUAUUCAAUGUUUAUAAAAAUGCACCAAAUAUCUGCUGCAGUUGUUAUUUUCAGGCAAACGUCCAUAACAUUUCUCACUGAUCAAGAAGAAUUAUUAUUUAAAAAAUUCGCCAUUGACAUUGAAUCUAGUGAUGAGAAACACGGUAUCGUCGAUGAAAUAGUGGACGGUAAACCAAAAUUCGUACAUUAUAGCUUUGUCGAAUAUUUUGCAGCAGAGUUUUUGUGCCUCAAAUUAAAAUCAAAAACAUGUUCGGAAUCAAUUUUGAAAUUCCUAAUGGACGUUGUUUUCGUGGAAACGGAGUACCAAGGUAUCAGAAACUUUAUAGAUAGUAAACUUUAUAACGACACUGAAUCCAGUAAUUCUUACUUAUAUUAUAAUGAACAAAUUUGCGAACUUUUAUCAUUGAAAUCGAUGUAUAAUGACAAUGCAUUAUACAUAGCGAUUGAAGAAUCUUUGAAAAAUAUUAUAGUAUUCAUAUUGAAAGCAAUAAAAAAUAACGUAGUCGCAUUAAUAAAGAUCGUAACUCAUCGUAACUCCUGGAAAUGUGUAUUGUGUGCAGCAGCUGAAAAGGGAUAUCUGGAUGUGAUUAAAGAAAUUAAGGACUCUGUACGCGAAUUUGAUGAAAAUAAAGUUAUUAAAUUGUUUGAUUGCGAAGAUUCUCCAAACAAUCCUUUCAUAAUCACACUUUAUAACUGUAAAGAUAAUUUUGAACACACAAAAACUUUAGAGGCAUUGUUACAUAAUUUACGUGAUGAUGAUGUGGCCGAAUUAUUUUUAAAGCCCUACCCGCCUAUAAAUAGCAUAUGUGCCUUUAUUACCAUGGAACCAGAAACUGUUCAUUUCUGUAUGAAAUAUUUAAAGAGACUAAAUCGACAACAACGAUGGAACUUGUUAUCGGCGCAAGACGUAUGCGGCCGAACUGCGGCACAUCACGCUAUCGAUAUGUAUAGAUUUCCUUUCUUUUUAAUAAUGAAAGAUUUAUUAGAUUCCGAACAAAGCAGGCGUAUUUUCUCUACAAGAAACACGUUCGAAGAAACUGCACAUGACAUUUGGGAGAAAAAAGUCCGUGAAUUCUCUUCUAAAUGAAACACCAACUUAGUUCAAGACAAUGCUGCUAAAUGCGAUAUUCUUCGUUUUAACGGCAUUAAUUUAACCAAUAUCUAAGAAGAGCAGGCGAGGCGAAAUCAUGACCACUGGUGCCUACUACAAAGUACAUAAAUGGCAAAAAUGAAGAAAAUAUUACACAUUUAUUUUAUUA